UUUGAGCAGAGCGUUUAGAGCAGUGACACAAAGGACUCACAAAGAACUCCCAGCCUACGGCAUGGAAAUGUCAGUCAAACUCUGCUGCUGCAUCACAGUGUUUUUCGUGCUUUUGGCGUGCAGUCCGACGGAGGGGUGGUACAAACAGAUGGCCGGCGGACCAAGUUACUACUCAGUGGGCAGGGCAUCUGGUUUGUUGUCCGGGAUCCGGCGGUCUCCAUACGCAAAGAGAGGCGAGACGCAACCGACAGACAGCUCAGAGUCAGCGGCCAACUUGCUUUCAGAACUUACGCCACGCAGUUUCUUCAAGACCAUGCCCGUUUGCAUCAAAGAAAUUACACCAAACCUGCAGAGUUGUGAACUCUUCCAAGAACUGAAAGGCUCCUUUAAAUGCUCGGCUGAAGUCUUCCUCUCCCUGGACGCAGCGGACUGUGCAGCAGACUGAGCAACGCGCCCAGGGGUGCCUCUUCUACGCAUGAAAACCACUCCGAGGUUUAUACAGUUGUUGCACGGGGAUUCUUUUUGAUUUUGUCAUUGAAU